AUGACGUCCCGCCGCCAGCUCAUCACCAUCCUCACCUUCUCCGCCAUCGUCGCCAUCAUCUUCGUCACCUCCUUCCGCUCCGGUGGUCCUACCAUUCAAACCGACCGCAUCCCCCCUCUGACCCCCGACAUUUCGUCCCUUGACACCUCGGACACUCUUGACCAGACCUCCCUCAUCGGCCACGCCAUCGCCCCCAAACUCGGCAACGAAACCGCCAAAGCCGAGCUGGGCCGCGCGUCAUGGAAACUCUUCCACACCAUGAUGGCGCGCUUCCCUGAAAACCCUACCGCCGACGAGAGCGCCGCUUUGAAAAGCUACAUUCACCUCUUUCAGCGCCUGUAUCCGUGCGGCGAGUGCGCAGGCCACUUCGGUGAGAUCCUGAAGAGAUUCCCGCCGCAGGUUGGCUCGAGGAACGCGGCGGCUGGGUGGGCGUGCCAUGUUCACAACCAGGUGAAUGAAAGCUUAGGGAAGGACGUGUUCGAUUGCAGCAAGAUUGGAGAUUUCUACGAUUGCGGGUGCGCUGAUGACGAGGAGGGAGAGGGGAGGAAGGCGGAAGGGGAGUUGGUGGAGCCCAACGUGAGGACGGAGAUGUCGCGAGCGGAGAUUGAGAAGAUGACGGGGAGGAAUGGCAGGAAAGUGGACCCGUUCAAGGAGUUCAUGGGGCAGAAGUAUCAGUAUGUUAAGAACACCAUGGCCACCUCAGCAAGCAUCGGCCUCACCCAAGCCGACGACCCAGCCAUCCCCAACCCUGCAGACUGGAACACCAUCUCGGCAGAUGAGGUAGUGGGACCCAUGCUCCGUGUCUCCGGCUGGAUCAUCAAAGAAUGCCUGAGUCGGGACACGCCGCUGAAGCGUGACCUUCUUGCAAAGUGGGAUCCCAUUGCCAGCAGGAAGCUCUCCAAAGGCAUGCCUAUGUAUUUGUGGAGGUUCCUGUAUUAUCAGUGCAUGCUCGACGCUCAGGUCCUGCGAGAAGAAAUCACUGGCGCCGAACAACAGCAGGCACAAGGCUCUCACAAACAAGUACGACCCGAUGAUGCCACGGGCUCCGCCAACGUACCAAACAAACCAGAUACAGAUGCCUUAGAUGGCGUGGACCUGUCUCCCGAUGCCGUCCCAUCUCAGCCUCAACCCUUCCCAGCCCACCUGGACGCCCACGACUUCGGCGCACACGACCAACAGCCCCCGCCCGCUCCAAUCAACAUGGUCGCCACCACCACCAGCAUCAUCGACGCCCGCAACCUCCGCACCCCCAUCCCCACAAUCUCAGACCUCAUCGCCCUAAAGGUCUCCCGCGCGGACUUGACCGCCUCGUUACUUCUCACAUCCGCCUCGAUCGUGGCAGAGGUGCACCGGCAGGACGAUCGGCACGAUUUGGCGGUGAAGUGGCGCGAUGUGGCGAAUGAUGGGGAUACUACCACGAGGGUGGCGGUGUUGAGGGUGCUGGCGAUGCAGUGUUUGGUGGAUGCGGUGGGCAGUGGGAGGUGGGGGUGGAGGAGGUGGGUGAGUUUGAUGGGUUGGAGGGGAUGA